AUGCCCUCCAAGAAGAACAACAAGAGCAAAAGCAAGAAGAAGGCUGGCAUCCCGUCCACGCCACCCCCACCCCAAGCGCUUCUCGAUGAUAUAUAUCAGGCUCAAGGCUGGGAGGCGGUGGCAGACGUUCUCUGCGCCUGGCUGAAGAUACCUGACUUAAGUAGCCGGCAUGGACUGAAGCAGGUACACAAGCACUUCGACGAUACCGCCGUGAAGCUUGAUCAGUUGUACAAGUUUGCCAUCUGGGCUGAGAAUGAUCGAGUACUCGGAGGAACCAUUGCUAUCUAUACCAAGAUGUCUGCGGAUUCACUCCUGCGCAAUCGUAUCUUCAAAGAGGCAGACUAUCUUAACAAGCUCAAGGCAUUGCUCGACCGUCCUGCCUCUCGCGCCGUAGCUCUGGAGUCCCUAGCGCAGGUAACCCAUCACGGAGGAUUCGAGGUUCGCGCGGGAAUUGCACACGAGAUCCCGUCACUUUUGGAUACACUGGACGCCGAUCCGGACAAUCUACGUGCAGCAUCCCACGUCUGGACCGUGAUAUCACAUUCCGCGGCGUCCAUCCUCCAGAAUCAGGAGCCCCCAUCGCCUCAAGAUCUCCAACGGUUACAAGUGCCUCGCCUCCUAAAGUCGGCCCUUUUCUACAUACGAAAGACCAAUACAUCGCAUCACCUUCGUGACCAUAUACUCGAGUUCUUAACUGGAGCCUCUCAGCAUUGCUACAAGGAUUUCUGGGAGAACGAGCACGCCAUCGACUUCUUGAUGUCCUGUACGCGCAAUAAGGACAUUCGCAUUCGCGCUGACGGUGUGGGAGGGGUGAUGCGCGCCUGUAUCACGCUCGGCGAAGUGGAACAAACUCGAUAUGAUCCCAACAAGAUGAUGCAGGCUCUAAGACGACCAUGGCCGCCUCGCGUAUCAGAUCUAUUGGUUCAUUUCGGCGCCGAGAAGAGUGAUACCUAUCUCUCAAUACAAGGGACGAAGCACUUCAUGGAAGCUAUGAAGGCUGUGGCCGGAGAUCGCGAUUUCAUCAAGUGCGGACGUCGGGUUGCCGAACUCAUCUUACGGACGGAGCAUUCGAUCACACAAGGAGGCUGGCAGGUCGAGAAUCCUCGCACAGGGAAAUUUGAGAUGAAUAACAUGGGUUUACCAUUCACUAUGUGGCACGAAUCUCUACCGGCGUGCGCGCGGGAACUACGCAAAACUGGAAGGGCGAAAGACUUGGAUGAUGCCGAUAUCUUGGAACUCAAGUAUCUCAUCAUCGAACGACGCACGGAUGAAGCGCGGGAGAUCGCUGUUCGAGCCGUUGAACGGAGCCCUACUAUCGGUUUCUUCUACUACGUUCUUGCUAUGGUCAAUGUUGGUAAACCAGAGGGCCUGCGCGAUGCCAAGAAGGGUCUGAAAUGUCCGAAUAUGACGGGAUACGUGAAGAAUGGCUUGCUAUACCGUGCGGCGGAGCACGCUUGCGACAGUGCUGUACGCAAGCUUCAGGACGCCAUACAUGAUGAGCAGCAACUGCACGAGGGGUAUGCUUUUGCUGUCAGCGCCUGGGAGGAUUCGAAGACGUAUAUACAGCAGGCGCCUCCUGAUGGGAGGAGUAUGCUUUCUGUAUGCUACUUGCAUACUCUACUAACGAUACUCCUGUACGGUCACGAACAGACACCUGACUUGCCGCGUUUGAAGCGGACGAAGGAUAUCAUGGAGAUCGCAGAACUCGCCAUGCGCCAUCUUGGCCGCCCCGUGUCCAAGACCGAGACGCGAUUGGCUGCCCUCGCCUUCUAUGAACGGCUUCCGAAGGCGUCUCAGGAGUGGGACGAGGUCACAGCACGUCUCGCUGACCGAGUUCCUCCAGGUGGCGAGCUUGACGAGGACAAGGUUGAGGAUAGCCUCGCGCAGUGGCUCGAACGAAUGGACGUAACUGACGUCGAUAACCGUGGACAUGCCAUACACGAGCAUCGCGGAAUCCAUGCCACUAUCAAUCUCAAAGAGGUUGAUCUCUAUCGCUGCUCGUGGUGUGGAAACCCGAGCGCCAUUCUUCGCAAGUGUAGGGGCUGUGGAAAGACUCGCUAUUGUGAUGGCGCAUGCCAGAAGCAGCACUGGGGUGCAUCACACCGUAAGGUUUGUGCGCGUUUACACGAGCAUGAGAAAGCCAAGGACUCCUUUGCAGCUGGCGAGUAG